AUGACAUUCGGUAAAAAGUUCCGCGAGGACAAAUUCCUCUUCCCUAAAGAUGCUACGCCUAUUAAUCACGGAUCAUACGGUGCAGUUCCAAAAAGAGUUUACGAGACGUAUAAAAAAUGGCUUCACAAGGACUUCCAGUUCCCAGAUGAAUUUAUGCACUUCUUCCAGGCACAGGAGAUGGAGAAAUCACUAAAAGUGGUGUCAAAGCUUGUCAAUACCGACUACAAAAACCUCGCUUUUGUGCCUAAUGCAACUUCCGGAGUUAAUGUUGUUUUCAGGAGUUUCCCAUUUCAGAAAGGCGACACAAUUGUGGUCAGCUCGGUUAUUUAUGAUGCCUGCGGCAACACAAUUGACUUUGCAGCCCGCAGAAACGGUGUGAAUCUUAAGAUUGUCGAUAUUACGUUUCCAAUGUCGGAAAAAACAGUUUUAAGUAGAUUUGAGGCUACAUUCAAGCAGAUGCUUGAAACAAAGAAAACCGGGUCUCAGGUUGUUUGUAUCUACGAUGCAAUAUGCUCGAUGCCAGGCUGCAGGAUGCCAUUUGAGAGAAUCACCGAAUUGUGUCGCAGAUAUGGAAUUGUGAGUUGUAUUGAUGGCGCACACUCGAUUGGAAUGAUUCCGAUCGAUAUUCAGGCCAUUGGAUGCGACUUCUACACCUCGAAUCUUCAUAAAUGGCUUUACUUGCCUAGGGGAUGCGCAAUUCUUUACGUGACUCCGAAAUUUCACGAUGCAAUCAUGCCUUUCCCAAUUUCCCACUCAUACAAGGAUCAGGAAUUCUACAAGCGGUUUCUUUUCACGGCAUCGAACAACUACAGUUCGUUUUACUGCAUUCCAGAGGCCUUGAAAUUUGUCAACGAGGACUGUGGCGGCUUUGACAAGAUCAGAAGUUACUGCAGAAAGCAGGGAAACGACAUCAUUGCACAUUUUGGAACCGAUCAUCUCGUCAGUGUGACAGAGCCAUCUGCAGAUGAUCUAAAUUUCAUGGUUACUGUGAAGGUUGAUCUCCCAAAGGACAAGCAGGAGUUCUUUGCACGUAGUUUCAAAAACAAGCAGUUUGAGAACGAGGUGAGGGACUUCGUGUUAAGUGAUCUUCUCCGGAAAUCACGGACUUUUGUCCAGUUCGGCUGGCACAACAAUUUCUUGUUUGUGCGUUUCAGCUGCCAGAUUUAUACCGACUUGCAGGAAUAUUUCUGGGGUUACGAUCAAUUCCUAAAGGAAUUGGACCGCUUCUAUGCAUCAGACUUGUUCCAGAAGUGGAACAACAGACCUGCACGCACUUCCAGAUGCUGCAAGCUAUAA